AUGGCGGACCGCACUGGGAUGGUCGAUCCCGCCAUCUUUGAAGAUCUCCAAGCCCGCAUCGACGAGGAGACCUCCGUCCGUGAGGAGCUUCGCGGCAUCAUCCAGAACAAAGCUGUACAAUUCAUCCUCGCCAGAGCCCAUUCCACCCCCGCCUAUGCCUUCUCGAAGCUCGUCUCCGACGCUUCACUCGCUAUCGAAGAUGAAGUCAAAAUCAUCGCUAAGCUGUCGCAAGCUGCUGAGAAGCUCCCCUACUACAAAUGGAAUACAAUGUGGUCAAGGCAAAUUCAGGAUGCGACAUACGGAAUUCUCCUCUGCGGCUGGCUAGGUGGAAACGGCAGCGACUCCCAGCCUGGCCGCCUGUUGACCAUUGAAGAGGUGGGAGGCAUCAUGAAUGUGCCGGUCAACCUCAAAGGACGCGACGGUUUCCACCUUACGAUCGAAGAAUACCUCCAAGCCUUGAUCUCUCUCGUCGAUGAGCUGGCCCGCCUUGCACGCAACUCCGUCACUCUCGGCGAUUACCUUAUACCCAUCCUCAUAAGCCAGUUCAUCAAGGAUCUCCACGCCGGCUUCCAGAUCCUCAAUUUGAAGAACGACUCCCUCCGGCGCCGUAGCGAUGGCAUAAAAUACAGGGUUAAGGAAGUCGAGGACGUGGUGUAUGACCUUUCCUUACGGAACUUGAUACCCAAGGACGACAAGGGCAAAAAGGACGACGCCACCUGA